UCUCUCUCGGUCUUCUUCUUCUCCCCCAAAAGUGAGAAGAGAUUUCGUCUGAGAUCGAUUAUCUGAUCUACUCAGACAAACACUGUUCUGCUCACUUACUCAAAACGAACAAUCAAAAAUAGACAAAUCAUAAAUAAAACUAACAGAAAAAAAUUGAUUUCGCAAGUUAUCUGAAACCCUAAUUUUGAUUUCUGAGUGAUUUGGAAUCAAAUAUCCAUUACCCAUGGAUAUGCGAUUUCCUUUCUCUCCUGCUGAGGUUGCUAAAGUCCGAAUGGUUCAGUUCGGUAUCCUCAGUCCAGAUGAGAUUAGGCAAAUGUCGGUUGUACAGAUCGAACACAGUGAAACAACUGAACGAGGGAAACCUAAACCAGGAGGAUUAAGUGAUACUCGAUUAGGAACAAUUGAUAGAAAGAUGAAGUGUGAAACAUGUACAGCUAACAUGGCGGAAUGUCCUGGACACUUUGGACACUUAGAACUUGCUAAACCUAUGUUUCAUAUUGGGUUUAUGAAGAUUGUUCUUAGUAUAAUGCGAUGUGUCUGCUUCAACUGUUCUAAAAUCCUUGCAGAUGAGGAGGAUCACAAGUUCAAGCAAUCUCAGAGGAUAAAGAAUCCAAAACAUCGACUAAGAAAGGUUCUUGAUGCUUGUAAGAAUAAAACAAAGUGUGAUGGGGGUGAUGAAAUUGAUGUCCAAGACGAAGAUUUGGAAAAACCUGUGAAGAAGAGUAGAGGGGGUUGCGGUGCUCAACAACCGAAGCUCACUAUUGAAGGUAUGAAAAUGAUUGCAGAAUACAAAAUUCAAAGGAAGAAAACUGACGAUCCAGAACAGCUUCCUGAACCUGUUGAAAGAAAACAACAGCUUACUGCAGAGAGGGUUUUGAGUGUCCUCAAGCGGAUAAGUGACGAGGACUGUAUAUUGUUGGGUUUGAACCCUAAAUAUGCCCGCCCAGAUUGGAUGAUUUUACAAGUCCUCCCUAUACCUCCUCCUCCUGUGAGACCUUCUGUGAUGAUGGAUACAUCAGCUAGGAGUGAGGAUGAUUUAACUCAUCAAUUGGCGAUGAUUAUUAGACACAAUGAGAAUCUGAGGAAGCAGGAGAGAAAUGGUGCUCCUGCCCACAUUAUUUCGGAGUUCGCACAACUAUUACAGUUCCAUAUUGCAACUUAUUUUGACAAUGAGCUGCCUGGUCAACCAAGGGCUACACAACGUUCUGGAAGACCAAUCAAAUCUAUAUGCAGUAGGCUUAAGGCGAAGGAAGGUCGAAUUAGGGGUAACUUAAUGGGGAAGCGUGUUGAUUUUUCAGCUCGUACUGUCAUCACGCCAGAUCCAACAAUCAACAUUGAUGAACUGGGAGUCCCUUGGAGUAUUGCUUUAAAUCUGACAUAUCCAGAAACAGUGACACCCUAUAACAUCGAAAGGUUGAAGGAGCUUGUUGAAUAUGGGCCUCAUCCUCCCGUUGGUAAAACUGGGGCAAAGUACAUUAUAAGGGAAGAUGGACAGAGACUUGAUCUUCGUUAUUUGAAAAAAAGCAGUGAUCAUCAUUUAGAGCUUGGAUAUAAGGUAGAGAGACACUUGAAUGAUGGUGACUUUGUCCUUUUCAACCGUCAACCAAGUCUUCACAAAAUGUCUAUCAUGGGGCAUAGAAUCAAGAUUAUGCCUUACUCAACCUUUCGUCUGAACUUAUCUGUAACUUCACCAUACAAUGCUGAUUUUGAUGGGGAUGAGAUGAACAUGCAUGUUCCUCAGUCAUUUGAGACGAGGGCAGAAGUUUUGGAGCUCAUGAUGGUUCCUAAGUGCAUCGUGUCACCUCAGUCUAAUAGGCCUGUUAUGGGUAUUGUCCAGGACACACUCUUAGGGUGCCGGAAAAUCACCAAAAGAGAUACGUUUAUAGAGAAGGAUGUCUUCAUGAACAUCUUGAUGUGGUGGGAGGAUUUUGAUGGAAAAGUACCUGCUCCUACAAUUUUGAAGCCUAGACCUCUCUGGACUGGAAAACAAGUCUUCAAUCUCAUUAUUCCGAAGCAGAUUAAUCUCUUGAGAACCUCAGCGUGGCAUUCAGAGAAUGAAACUGGUUUUAUAACACCAGGAGAUACCCAGGUUAGAAUAGAGAGGGGGGAGCUUCUCACAGGUACUCUGUGCAAGAAGGCCCUUGGAACAUCUACUGGAAGUCUUAUUCAUGUCAUCUGGGAAGAAGUUGGUCCUGAUGCUGCUCGUAAGUUCUUGGGUCACACUCAGUGGCUUGUUAACUACUGGCUUUUACAGAAUGGUUUUAGCAUUGGAAUUGGAGACACGAUCGCUGACGCCUCGACCAUGGAGAAAAUUAACGAUACAAUUUCAAAAGCGAAAAAUGAAGUCAAAGAUCUUAUCAGAAUGGCCCAGGAGAAGAGUUUAGAACCUGAACCUGGGCGAACUAUGAUGGAAUCGUUCGAGAACAGAGUGAAUCAGGUGUUGAACAAAGCUCGUGACGAUGCUGGAAGUAGUGCUCAGAAGAGUUUGUCUGAGAGUAAUAAUCUCAAGGCUAUGGUUACAGCAGGAUCAAAAGGAAGUUUUAUUAACAUAUCACAGAUGACUGCUUGUGUCGGACAGCAGAAUGUAGAGGGGAAGCGGAUUCCUUACGGAUUCAUUGAUCGAACACUACCUCAUUUUACUAAGGAUGACUAUGGGCCUGAAAGUCGUGGGUUUGUGGAGAAUUCAUACUUGCGGGGUCUGACUCCACAAGAGUUCUUUUUUCACGCUAUGGGAGGUAGAGAAGGUCUGAUUGAUACUGCCGUGAAAACUUCUGAGACGGGGUAUAUCCAGAGGCGUCUUGUGAAGGCUAUGGAGGACAUUAUGGUCAAAUAUGAUGGCACUGUCCGGAAUUCUUUAGGAGAUGUCAUUCAAUUUCUUUAUGGAGAGGAUGGUAUGGAUGCUGUUUGGAUCGAGUCUCAGAAGCUGGACUCCUUGAAAAUGAAGAAACCCGAGUUUGAUAAGGUUUAUAGGUUUGAGUUUGAUGAUGACAAUUGGACUCCAAAUUACAUGCAAUCAGAUUAUGUUGAAGAUCUGAAAAAUAUUAGAGAGUUCCGUCAUGUGUUUGACGCAGAAGUUAAGAAAUUGGCAGAUGAUCGGCUCCAGCUUGGAACUGAGAUCACUACCACUGGUGACAAUUCUUGGCCCAUGCCUGUGAACUUAAGGAGGCUCAUUUGGAACGCACAAAAGACCUUUAAGGUUGACCCGAGAAGGCCUUCUGAUAUGCACCCCAUGGAGAUUGUGGAAGCUAUUGAUAAACUUCAGGAAAGGCUUAAAGUUGUUCCUGGUGAUGAUUCAAUGAGUAUGGAGGCUCAGAAGAAUGCUACCCUGUUCUUCAACAUUUUGCUGCGUAGCACUUUUGCGAGUAAGAGGGUGUUGAAAGAACACCACCUGACACGUGAAGCAUUUGAUUGGGUUAUUGGUGAAGUUGAGUCUCGUUUUUUACAGUCAUUAGUUGCUCCCGGUGAAAUGAUUGGUUGUGUUGCAGCACAGUCUAUUGGCGAACCUGCUACUCAGAUGACUCUUAACACCUUUCACUAUGCUGGAGUGAGUGCGAAGAAUGUGACCCUCGGUGUUCCCAGGUUAAGAGAAAUUAUUAACGUUGCCAAGAAAAUCAAAACACCAUCUCUCUCUGUUUAUCUGAAACCCGAGGUUAAUAAGACAAAAGAAAGGGCUAAGAAUGUUCAGUGUGCUCUGGAAUACACUACUUUGCGUAGUGUAACUCAAGCUACUGAGGUAUGGUAUGAUCCAGAUCCAAUGGGCACCAUUAUUGAAGAAGAUAUUGAUUUUGUCAAGUCCUACUAUGAAAUGCCCGAUGAAGAGGUUGCACCAGAGAAAAUUUCUCCCUGGCUUCUUAGGAUUGAGUUAAAUCGUGAAAUGAUGGUGGACAAAAAAUUGAGCAUGGCCGACAUUGCAGAAAAAAUCAACCUCGAGUUUGAUGAUGACUUGACCUGUAUAUUUAAUGACGACAAUGCGGAAAAACUGAUCCUCCGUAUCCGUAUCAUGAAUGAUGAGGCUCCCAAAGGGGAGUCACUGGAUGAAUCUGCGGAAGAUGACGUUUUCCUCAAGAAGAUUGAGAGUAACAUGUUGACCGAAAUGGCCCUUAGAGGAAUACCAGAUAUCAAUAAGGUUUUCAUCAAGAGCGGGAAAGUUAACAGGUUUGAUGAGGAUGAAGGAUUCAAGCCAGAGGUUGAGUGGAUGCUGGAUACUGAAGGUGUUAAUUUGUUGGCUGUUAUGUGCCAUGAAGAUGUUGAUGCCACAAGGACUACGAGUAACCACUUAAUUGAAGUGAUAGAGGUUCUUGGUAUUGAGGCAGUUCGUCGAUCCCUCUUGGAUGAGUUGCGAGUCGUUAUUUCAUUUGAUGGAUCUUAUGUCAACUAUAGGCACUUGGCUAUCUUAUGUGACACCAUGACGUACAGGGGUCAUUUGAUGGCCAUCACCCGUCAUGGUAUCAAUAGGAAUGAUACCGGGCCAAUGAUGAGAUGCUCAUUUGAAGAAACGGUUGACAUUCUUUUGGAUGCUGCCGUGUAUGCUGAAACAGAUCAUCUGAGAGGAGUUACUGAAAACAUCAUGCUUGGUCAGCUUGCGCCAAUUGGGACUGGAGAUUGUUCCUUGUACCUGAAUGAUCAAAUGCUACAGCAAGCUAUUGAGCUUCAAUUGCCAAGUUAUAUGGAAGGUCUGGAUUUUGGCAUGACGCCUUCUCGUUCGCCAAUCAUGGGAACCCCAUAUCACGAGGGAAUGAUGUCACCAAAUUACUUGCUGAGCCCUAAUGCUCGCUCCUCGCCAAUAUCAGAUGCUCAGUUUUCUCCAUAUGUUGGCGGGAUGGCAUUCUCUCCUACUUUAUCUCCGGGGUACAGUCCAUCAUCUCCAGGCUACAGCCCGUCAUCUCCUGGAUACAGCCCAACCUCUCCUGGAUACAGUCCGACCUCUCCUGGAUACAGCCCGACUUCUCCUGGAUACAGCCCGACCUCUCCUACAUACAGCCCCAGCUCUCCUGGUUACAGUCCAACAAGUCCUGCAUAUUCUCCAACCAGCCCAUCUUAUUCCCCCACAUCACCAAGUUAUAGCCCCACUUCCCCGAGCUAUAGCCCCACUUCUCCAAGUUACAGCCCCACUUCCCCAAGCUAUAGCCCCACUUCCCCCAGCUACAGCCCCACUUCUCCGGCUUACAGCCCCACUUCCCCCGCUUACAGCCCUACCUCUCCAGUCUAUAGCCCUACCUCUCCAUCAUACAGUCCUACGUCACCAUCAUAUAGCCCCACCUCGCCGUCCUACAGCCCCACCUCGCCGUCCUACAGCCCCACCUCGCCAUCCUACAGCCCCACCUCGCCAUCAUACAGCCCCACCUCUCCUGCAUACAGUCCGACGUCUCCUGGGUACAGUCCGACAUCUCCGAGCUACAGUCCCACAUCUCCCAGCUACAGUCCCACAUCUCCUAGUUAUCAUCCUUCAUCGGCAAAGUACAGUCCAUCUUUGGCAUACUCUCCAAGCAGUCCAAGAAUAUCACCGUCUAGCCCAUACAGUCAUACAUCUCCAAAUUACAGUCCAACAUCACCGUCGUACUCACCGACUUCUCCAUCUUACUCUCCUCCAAGUCCAACAUACAGUCCCAGCAGUCCUGGUGCGAACCCGGACUAUAGCCCUAGUUCCCCACAGUUUAGUCCGAGUGCGGGAUAUUCACCAACGGCUCCGGGCUACUCACCGUCAUCCACCAGUCAGUUCACUCCAGAGACGAGCAACAAGGAUGAUGGAAGCACACGUUAAGUUGGAGAUGUCAUAAUUGUAAUAGGCAGGACAGCUGUAAUCUUGGUUAAAACCCUGGAAUGAUUGGAAGGAAGUUUUUAGUGUUAUUUGAUGAUAUAUACGGAAUUUGAAAAGAUCAAACCCAACCAGUCCCUGGUAUCACAAUGAUUUUUAUUUUUUUCAUGUGAUCAAUGUACUUCCCUUUGAAACUUUCCUCGACAUCAUUGUCCUUUAAUUUCAAUCUUUCCUCA